AUGGAAAAUUCCAGUGCUGAUCCCUCACACACAAGUGUAAAGAUUGGACACUACGAGAAGAUAGUUGAGAAAGCCUUGACUUUACUGAUUGCAUGUGUGAUUUCGGGCGUAAGCGUCUACCAAUUUUCAGUUGCAAUCUUCAUAUAUUUCCUCUUAGAAGAACUGAAAAAUAGACAUCUACAACUAGAAAUUCUCUCAAAAAAGGUUGAAAAGCUCGCUGUGCAACAACAAGAAAAAGGUGUGCUAGGGGCAAAAGUAGCCAUGAUAUCAGAACGGCUUGAAAGACCAACGGCAGAGAAAGCAAGAGAAAAGGAAGUGUUUAACUGUGAACCUGUGGUGCCUGAUAAAAUCGAGGCUGAAGACAGACAGCCCAUUGAACAUAAAGCACCCCCUCUUACGGACCUUACUGAGGCAGGUUCACCAUCUGCACUAUCUUUCCCAGCGGCCCGGGAACAGAGGCCUGAAAAUGGUUUGCAAGAGCAAACAGGAUUUUCAGGUCCGAAUAAUAAGAAGCCGGACUGUGCAGAGCCUCCUCGCUCUUGCAGCUCUCCUCACCUCAAGCCAAAGGCUCCCCAAACGGACCCAGCGCUGCCGCCCCAGCACUUAACUUCACAUACUGAUGCAAGAUUGGCCCGACCCUGUGAUCACAUCUAUUCCUCCAUUACCUGGGAUCAAAGAUUUCAAGAUAUUCUGAAAAUACCGUACCAGCUGGACUUAAGAAAUGAACCAGUGAGAGAAUAUCUGAAGCAUAUUGUUAUAGAUGGCAAUAAUGUUGCAAUGAUGUGUCUGAUCCACUUAGCAGAAAAGACUGGAGGCAUCAUUGUAACCAAUGAUAACUUGAGAGAGUUUGUGAGUGAGUCCGUGUCCUUCAGAGAAAUUAUGUCAAGAAGGCAUCUUCAGUACAUUUUUCUGGGGGACAUAUUUAUGGUUCCCGACGACCCUCUGGGAAGACAGGGACCUCAGCUAGAAGAUUUUCUUCAAAGAGAGGCCUUUCUUCUACACACGACUCCAAAACUCGAUUCCCAGCCAAAUGUGUGCACAUUUGGCCUCGCCAUCCAGAGCCACAAUACCCAGGGAGCCCUGGUCCUCCACACAGGACCAGGAUUCUGCAGAGAAACAUGCUCUGAGGGUGGUCUUUGUGAAUCAUCUUCUCGGAUUCUGAGCAAAACCUGA